CUCCCCGUGGCCCCGCCCCUAAAAGCACAUUCCGAAAGCGUCCUCCGGGCAGAGCUGCGUGGCCGGAGCCGAGAUGCAGGACUGCACGGGCUGCGCGCUCGCGCUCUGCCUCGCGCUCGCUCUCCCUUUGCUGAUGCUCCUGGUCGCGCCUUGCAUCAGGAAGUUUAUUGCAGGAGGCAAAUGUACGUCUACAGCGAAGCUGAAUGGGAAGGUUGUAGUGAUCACAGGAGCCAACACAGGCAUCGGGAAGGAGACUGCCAAAGACCUUGCAGGAAGAGGUGCUAGAGUCAUCCUUGCUUGCAGGGAUAUGGUAAAAGCAGAGGCUGCGGCCAGUGAAAUCCGGACCAAGACAGGGAACCAGCAAGUUAUUGCAAAGAAAUUGGAUUUGGCAGAUACCAAAUCCAUCAGAGAAUUUGCUGAGAAUUUCCUGGAAGAAGAGAAAGAACUUCAUAUCCUCAUUAACAAUGCUGGAGUUAUGAUGUGCCCCUAUUCCAAGACAGCAGAUGGCUUUGAAAUGCACUUUGGAGUCAAUCACCUUGGGCACUUCCUUUUAACAUUUCUGUUGACUGAGUGCCUGAAGAAAUCUGCACCAUCUCGAAUAGUCAACGUGUCCUCCUUGGCUCAUCAUGGAGGGAGGAUUCGCUUUGAGGACCUCCAAGGCGAGAAAAGCUAUCAAUGGGGCCUGGCCUAUUGCCACAGCAAGCUGGCGGGUAUCCUUUUUACCCGGGAGCUUGCCAGACGACUGCAAGGUACUGGAGUUACAGUCAAUGCUUUGCAUCCCGGCACUGUUGCCUCUGAUCUGCCCCGUCACUCCACUAUAAUGAAUUUUUUGUGGAAGUUGUUGCCCUUCCUUUUGAAGACACCUCAAGAAGGAGCUCAGACCAGUGUCUACUGUGCGGUGGCAGAAGAACUGGGGUCAGUGAGUGGGAAAUAUUUCAGUGACUGUAAACCAGCCUAUGUAUCACCUCAAGGACGCGAUGAUGAAACAGCGAAGAAGCUCUGGGAUGUCAGCUGUGAACUCUUAGGUAUCCAGUGGAACUAAAUCAUGGAUGACCCUUCCAAGAGAGAACAAACAUUAGCAGAGCUGAAGGCCAAAUAUCUCAUGUUCACUGGAUACAAAGAAAAAUCAAAGCAGAUUUAGGGCCAUUUCCAUCUGAGUUCAUUCUCAAGAUGCUUGUUUCUAACAGGAGGGUAGUGUAUUUUCCAGUCUAAAGCACAAAUAUAGAAGUAUAAAAAGGCGUAGUUUUCAAAUAUAUGCAUUGGAUCUUUCUCAUCCAAUGUGGAGAUUUGUUUAGAUAAAUCUGAAUAUAUUUAACCAGGAUGGAGGAACCAUGUUUUUGUAACUUGGGAAACUUUUGUUUAUAUGUUUUUCACACCCUAUUCUUUUGUUAGGUCUGAUUAUAAAAGAGUUUUGUCUCUAAUAAGCUAGUGAUCAAAGCAUAUAAUUUUGAUUGAGGAGCGAGGGCUAGACCUACAGAAACUAAGGAGCCAGAGAGAAAAUUCCCCAGUUGGAGCUGACUUCUUACAGUAGCUGUAGCAUUUAUUGCAAGAAUAAAGCUAGGGAUUCUUAAGUUUACAUAUUAAAGCCAUGUGGGCUGCUUUUCUCUUAGGGCAGAACACAGAUAAGCUUGAGUUCAUGGUUUAAGCAGGGACACAUAGGUCUUACCUAAUCUCUUUUCUCACAUCUAAAUUUCUGAGAAUUUACCAGAUUGAGAUAUAUGCUAUAAAUAGCCUUGGGAGACUUACCUUGAAAGAUAACUGAAAAAUUGAUGAGAGAUUUUAGCCUCCCUGUAAAUCAGCCAUCAUUAUUACAUGUAAUUUAAAUCCUCUAUAUCUUCUAAAUCUUUAUCAGGACAGCAGUGUUACAUGCAUGUGCUUUUAUUUUUUAUUCAGCUAAAGAUGACAAUUGAAGUAUGUGUGUUCUUUACUGUUUUAAGGGAUUGUCUCUAUAUCCACAGCAAUUUCUUGAGAAGAUUUGCAAAAGGUGAAGGUUGUUCUUUCCCGCAGAGUGCACUCUUAAUCUGUUUUUUUUUUUUUGGGGGGGGGGGGGGGAUUAGAAGAACAGAGCUGAUAAGAUAAAGUAUGCUUAUGGAGUCAGACCAACUUGUGAAUGUCCAGCUGAAUAGAAUUUUCACUCCUUUAUAUGUCUAUAACAACUGUCUAUAACAAAGGUGCUAAUAUAAAGAAUUAGAGCAGAUAUCCUGAAAAUGUUUUCCAAUGGGCUGUACUCAAACGAGUCCCGCUAGAUUAUAGAGGACUAAGCUUUACAUUUACACCCAUUUUUUCUUUGGUUGGAAGGUGCAGUACUGAAAUUUCUCAGUACAUUUCACUAAAUAAACAGCACUGGUGUUUUGUCUUUUA